AUGGACUUCUAUGGCACGGCAGUGACUGCCAUCACUCAAGUGUACCAAGUCACUGUUUUCAUCCAGGGCGUCAUCUCCGACGUCAAGGCAUUCGAUGAUGACCGGGCCGAGAUCCGUCUUAAGCUGAAUGUCCAGCUGUCGACCCUUCUAUUCUUCAAACGCACAUUCUUUCAUCCGGAGCAUGGGUUGAUGAUACCAGGAAAGGUAGACCCUUUCAUCGCUGAAACGGUGGAAGGACUACUCGUGCAAAUGAGAAAGACGCUUCAUGAGUAUGAGAUAAUGGCCACUAAAUACGGUCUGGUGGAUGAAGAGUACAACAUCGAGCCUGAAAAGCCCAAAGAGCAAGAGUCGCUGCUCGACCGGGCGAAGAGCAAAGCCAAAUCACUCAAGCUCAAGGGGUAUGACUGGUCGCUCUUCGACAAGAAGAAAUUGUAUCGCAUUCUAGAAGCCUACACGAAGUGGUCUGAGGAUCUGCGCAAUCUCAUGCAGCACAUGUCGCAAGACACAUUGGCCAAGCUAGCCGAAGGCGAUCAACAAGGAUUGAAAAGCAGUGGCUUGGAACCAGUCAUCAAAAGACGUAUGCUGGCCGAGGCCAAGGCACCAGCAGACUAUCAAAGCUUGACCGGAACAGUGACUGCGGAAGAUAAGUCCACAGGAGGGUUUCAGUUAGGAAAAUGGUCUCCUUCAGGAUCAGAGGAAACGCAAGUGAUUGUCGAAUACCACGAAUACGAAAGUCUUCUCAGACAAGAAGAUGAACCAGAAGAGAUCAAAGCGCUGAAAGAACCUAUCCGAAACCUGGCUUGGUUGCUUCAAAAUACCACCUUCUCCAGCGCUUCAUCCGAAUGUCUUGACCAGCCCAAAAUAUAUGCAUUGGAAUGCCUCGGUUUCAUCGAUCAACCCGCUGAAGAGCGCAGUGUUUUCCUUUAUAAACUCCCAUCCGAGCCAACGGGACCGGCAUCACUGACGACUCUCCACACCUUUAUCAAUGCCAUUGACAGCGCAAACAAACGCCCAGUGAAGAAACCCUCUCUUAACGACCGCUUCAGCAUGGCACACAGUCUCGCUCUGACAGUCUCCAACGUCCACGCCUCAGCCUGGGUCCACAAAAACAUCUGGAGCAGAGGAAUCCUCCUCUUCCUCGAGACCUCUACUGGCGUCAGCACCUCCGGACUAUACGAGCAUCGCCUUUCGGCCCCAACCCCAGACAAGAAAAUCGUCUCCUACCUCAGCGACUGGGGCUACGCACGCUCCGUCCAACAAGGCACCGACAUGCGAUCCGACUUUGAAGUCGAGCCCAACUUCUACCGACAUCCGACUCGACAGGGCCGACCCACACAGCAGUUUAGUCGGCUGCAUGAUAUAUAUGCACUCGGGGUGGUACUGCUUGAGAUUGGAUUGUGGAUUACGGUGUCGCGGUUGAUGGGACCUAAGAUCAAAGAGGCAGAGACGAAUGGGAAACUGCCCCGGCCGAAGAAGAUUGCUGAGGAGUUGAUGAUGUUCGCGUUGCAGGGAUUGCCAAAGGAAAUGGGCGCGGGAUAUACGCGGGCGGUUCUUGCUUGUUUGAAGGGGGAUUUUAGAGGGACUGAAGGCCCUGCUUUGGCGGUGGACUUUCAGGAGAGGGUGGUUGAUGUCUUAGCUAGUGGUGUUGAGUUGUAA